CUAUCGUAUAAGCAAGCACCACACAUGUCAUCCAUCUCAGUCUACAACUGUUGCAAACUCUUUCAUAUUUUGUAUACAGAACUGGGUCAUCUAUUCUGGGCCUUGUUGUUAUCAUAUUCAUCACGAGGAACUUCCCAAAGAACGGACACAAUGUCCUCCCAUCAGAGUAGUCAACCGAGGGCCAUCCAGACCCCAUCCCUUGCUCGAGACUCUUAUGGCAAUGAUGCAGAAAGAGACCCCAGAUCGAUCUCGGAGGAGUCCGAUCUGUCGCAUUACCUCCACUACGAAGACAACGACGGCUUUUUCCCUCCAGCCUGGCUAGGGAAGGCACCGCCUACUCAACAUGGAGUUGGAACGAAGGUUUCGGAUAAGAAUACCCAAACCGAGAUGCGAACAUGAUCAAUGACUCAAGAUAUUUUCGCAUGAAUCUACUGUGC